UGCAUCACAGACGAAUGUCCCGGAUAAAGGGAACGAAGUGUCUAGUGUAGUGGAGGAAGAAAAACUGGAUGCUUCAUGAUGAUGAUCGUUGCUGCAUUUGGUUCGUAAGCGCAGGACGCAGAGAAAAAGACGCAAACCACCGGUCUCAGUGAGAGGAGGUGACAACAAGGAGAAAAAAUGCCGGUACCUCCUCCGCCUCCCCCUCCCCCACCCCCCACCUUCUCUCAGGCAAACACUGAGAAGCCUGUCUUGAAUAAAUCGGAGCAGCAGGGCAGGAAUGCUCUACUGUCGGACAUCGGCAAAGGAGCAAGGCUAAAGAAGGCGGUUACUAAUGACCGUAGCGCCCCCAUACUUGACCAACCCAAAGGUGGUGGUGGAGGUGGAGGUGGAGGAGGAGGCGGGCCUGGAGGAGGAGGAGGAGGGGGAGGGUUUGGAGGUGGAGGUGGAGGUGGAGCUCCAGCUGGUCUGGGUGGGCUCUUCCAGGGUGGCAUGCCAAAGCUGCGCUCCACUCGAGAUGACUCUAGUAGUGUCAGACCUCCAGUUCUGCCACCUGGUGCUCGUAGCUCUGGUCCACGGCCCUUCGGAGGAGGAUCUGGCCCCGUCCCUCGUCUACCUCUGCAACGCAGUGAAUCCGUUGACCCCCCUCGCCCUCGAAUGACCCCACCGCGUCCUGAAACACCUGGAGGACCUCCUCCACCUCUUCCAAGUGCCCCACGGCCCUUUCAGAGUGGGGCACAGAGCAGGGGACCACCCUCACUUCCAGGGACUCCUCGUCUUGGUUCCGCACCAACUCCUCCACCUCCAAACCCUCCUGGACGACAGCCCGCACCUCCACCGGUGCCAGCUGCAUUUGGUCGUCCUCCUUCCAUUCCUUCGCCCUCAGCUGGUCAUGCUGGGCGGCCUCCUCCUCCCCCUGCACCUGGUCGAGGUGAUGACCGUCCUCCACCUGUUCCCCCUGCAAACCGUUCUUCUUUGCCACUCACUCGGGACAGCCCGCCCCCUCCACCUCCACCAUCAGUGAGCAGUAAACCAACUCCUCCUCCAGCUCCUGCUCCUGCCUCUCUGCGGCCACCUGUUAGUGCAGCACCUCCUCUGCCGCCCGGACGCCCAAGCCCGUCUACUCCUGAGGAGCAUACGCCACGUCUUCCUGAACGGAACCUGUCACUUGGCUCGCAUCCUCCUGCCCCUCCACCCGGGCGAUCUGGACCCCUUCCUCCACCUCCCUCUGAGAGACCGCCCGCAUUGGGCCGGAAUGCAGGUGGACGAACAGGUCCUCUUCUACCUCCACCUCCUUCUGGCCGUCCUGGAGGAGGAAGUGUGAGGUCAUCACUAGCCCCUCCUCCACCGAACAGACCAGGUGUGGAGCCUCAUCGUGCUGGCAGUAGACCACCACUCCCCCCAGACAGGCCCUCCUCUGGACCUCUGCUCCCUCCUCCCCCACCUAUGGGCAACGGAUACCACAAUCAGGGACAUCAUAUAGAUGAGUGGGAAUCACGCUUCACGUUUCGACCUGUAUCGGAUCUUCCACCCCCAGAGCCCUACAUUCCCUGUCAGAAGACCUAUCCUAGCAAAAUGGCCAGGAACGAAAGCCGAGGUUCAGGAAAGAAAGAGCGAGGUGCACCUCCCCUGCCUCCCAUACCUAGGUGAAAGAAACUGUUGUCUCAGGGUCUGACAAUCCUUCCCUCACCCAGUUAUCUUAUGUUCUCUGGUACUGUCUGUUUUUGAUAUUUUCUGCCAGAGUCAUUCAUUAAAAAUUUAUAAAAGAACUAUAAAAAUAACAACAUAUUACAGACAACAUAUCUUUUAUAAUAUUUUGUUUUUGUCUGCUUUAGAGAUUAAUACAUGAUGGCUAUUAUGACUAUGUCAAGUGAUGAGCUCUACAGUGAUACUACAGCUAAGUUUGACUUUAUUUUUGAGUGUUUUUCUGAGUAUGAUGCGUUAUUGCAGCAGUUCAUUGGCCUUCAGGAGAGUGUGAAUGUUUCGGCUUUUUGGCGGUCCUUGACACAUACAGACAAAUGUCCUUGUCUCAUACAGAAUAUAUCAUUGCUUAAUCAGGGCAGCCAUUUCUUUAGAUAAUGGUGCAGCCAUUUAUAGAGCCACAUAGGGCAUCAGUAUUUGUUAGACAGUCCUUGAUGUAAUUAUAUUUUUAAAGAAGUGCAACAUUUACAUUAAAGCAUUUUGGUGCGUUUUGGCGCCCCCUACCUUCUUGUCUUCAUACAACACAGUCGUUAUAUACAGUAGCAUUGACAUUUCAAGCCCUCAAAUGUAAAAGUCACGUUAAAUAUUAAAGGAGUAUGUGUUUGCUUUAGUACCUGUAUGUGUGUAUGUGUAUGUGGUGAUAAGGGCCAGAAUGAUAUACAGAAUACUAAAAUCUGAGUUGCAGUUUGUCAGUACUCUAUAUGUUGCAGAUUGAUUUGUUCACAUAUGCAGUCCCUGAUGUGAAAAUAGCAAGGACUGAGUUUAUGGGAAAAUGUAGAUGCCAUUUAUUAAAGAUUCUUUAGAUCAUCCCCCAUUUAAACAAGCCUGAGAGCAGACAUUGUAUAGGACUGAUCUUUAAAUGAAAGAUGAUUUGCCAUAAAAUCCUAUGCAAGUGGGUUUCUGUGUAUUAUGAGAUUGUAUCUGUGUUGACGUACGACAAAAAGCCAAAAAUGUGUUUAAGAAGUGUUAUAUUUUAUGAUAUACGUAUGUAUGCACUUGCUUGUUUUGUUGAUGUUUGCUCAGUAUUAUGUUGCCUUAAGGAUAUUUCUCAGAUGUGUGCUGUUAUAUUUGCCUAAAGCACUUGACUAAAAGUAUAUUCAAUAAGUGUAUCAUACCUUGAAUUACAUUUCAUUUGUUUUCUUCAUUUAUAUACUUUGAAAGAAUCAAGAAGCCAAGCAAUGGCUUGGUUUAUGCUGCCUUAUGUUUGUUUACAUAAAGAGAUGAAUUACAAAGGCAUUUUAAUGAUGCAUUAAAAAGGAAAAUUACAGUGAUAUAUGCAAUGUAGCAUAACAUCUGAAGCAUCUUGAAUUUAUUAGAGAGAAGAGAGAUGAUUGCACAGCCAAAAAGAAACAAUAUUUGCCACCAACAUUAUUAGUAAUACUAAAGGCCUCUGAUUUAUGUUCUGUUUGCACACGUCACUGACAGUGUUGUGUGACCCGAUGCUUAAUGUGGUACUUUAGAUAUUUUCUUUGUGCAUGUAGAUGCACAUUUCAGUUUCAUACAACAUAUUAUGUUGUUUCAUUUGUGUAUUUACUUUAUAACAAACAGUCUUCUGCUAUUCUGGUGUGCCAAAUAUGUUGUUUUCUAAAUAAAUAUGCAAGUGAAGCU